GCGCAAAACAACCCCCCGACCCGGCUCAUUGCUACGCGUACACGCAGUUGCGUACACGAGAGGGGAACGGAGGAGGACGAACGACAUCGGCUUAGAAAAACCCCCCACCGAGAGCCCCAGGGGGCAGUACUAGGCACACGCCCAUGCACCACCACCUCGUUCCAGGUCUCGCGCCGCAGCACACCAACAACCCUGGGCCGCCGCGAGGCGAGGCGUGAGGAGGUGGUGGAGUGGUGGUGGUGGUGAAGCGGGGACGACCGAUCGGUGUACCGCGGAGGUAGAUGGCCGGAGGAGGGGGAGGCGGCGGCGAUGGGGGUGGGGGAGCGGGUGCGGGCGGCGGCGGCGGCGGCGGCGCGAAGAGGGUGCCGAUGCGGCGGCUGUUCACGUUCGCGGACCGGCUGGACGCGGCGCUGAUGGCGGUGGGGGGAGUGGCGGCCGUGGCGAACGGGGUGGCGAUGCCGUUCCUCGCGUUCCUCAUCGGCGAGCUCGUCGACGCGUUCGGCGCCGCCGACCGCGCCCACGUCGUGCACGUCGUCUCCAAGAUUUCUCUCAGAUUUACAUAUGUGGCAAUUGGCUCUGGAAUAGCAGGAUUUCUUCAGGUGUCAUGCUGGAUGGUGACUGGUGAAAGGCAAGCUGCACGCAUCCGUGGGCUGUACCUUGAGGCGAUACUUAGACAAGAUAUUACAUUCUUUGAUUUGGAGACAUCAACCGGAGAAGUUACUGAAAGGAUGUCUAGCGACACAGUGUUGAUCCAAGAUGCCAUUGGAGAAAAAGUGGGUAAGUUUCUCCAACUGCUAUCAACAUUUCUUGGUGGAUUCAUAAUAGCAUUUGCAAGAGGCUGGCUUCUGUCCCUAGUUAUGUUGUCAAGUAUCCCUCCUGUUGCACUUGCUGCUGCAGCCAUGUCAAUUGCCAUAUCAAAGCUAGCAAACCGUUCCCAGCUGGCCUAUGCUGAAGCAGGGAAGCUGGUUGAGCAGACAAUAGGAUCAAUUAGAACUGUGGUAUCUUUCACUGGUGAGAGGAGAGCAACUGACAAAUACAAUGAAUUCUUAAAAAUAUCAUAUAGAUCAGCUGUUCACCAGGGCGCGGCUAUGGGACUCGGAAUUGGUUCAGUUAUGUUUAUUGUUUUCUGUAGCUAUGGGUUAGCGGUAUGGUACGGUGCAAAGCUGAUUAUUGAAAAGGGUUAUACUGGGGGAUAUAUCAUUAAUGUAUUGAUGGCCAUCAUGAGUGGUGCAAUGGCACUUGGUCAGAGUUCUCCAUGCUUAAAUGCUUUUGCAUCUGGACAGAUUGCGGCUUACAAAAUGUUUGCAACAAUCAAUAGGGAACCUGAGAUUGAUGCCAGUGAUAGGAGUGGCCUUGUAUUGGAGAAUUUUGUUGGAGAUGUUGAGUUCAAAGAUGUCCAUUUCAGUUACCCUGCAAGGCCUGAGCAACUGAUCUUCACUGGCUUCUCAAUUAGCAUUCCAAGUGGCAUGACAAUGGCAUUGGUUGGUGAAAGUGGAAGCGGGAAAUCUACUGUGAUUAGUUUGGUCGAAAGGUUCUAUGACCCACAAUCAGGUGAAGUUCUUUUGGAUGGUGUUAAUAUGAAAUUGCUAAAUCUUAGCAGGAUAAGACAGAAAAUAGGGCUUGUCAGCCAAGAGCCUAUUCUUUUCACAACUACCAUCAGAGAAAAUAUAGAGUAUGGAAAGAAAGAUGCAUCAGAGGAAGAAAUCAGGAGAGCAAUUGUCCUUGCCAAUGCUGCGAAGUUCAUCGAUAAGCUACCAAAUGGACUAGAUACAAUGGUUGGUGAGCAUGGCACACAGCUAUCUGGUGGACAGAAACAAAGAAUUGCAAUUGCAAGAGCAAUUUUGAAGGACCCUAGGAUACUACUUCUUGAUGAAGCUACAAGCGCCCUUGAUGCUGAAUCUGAGCAUGUAGUUCAGGAUGCACUCAAUAAUAUCAUGGUUAACAGGACCACCAUAAUUGUAGCCCAUCGCCUGAGCACAGUGAGAAAUGCUGAUACAAUAUCUGUGCUACAUCGUGGACAACUUGUGGAACAAGGACCUCAUGCUGAGUUGAUAAAAUAUUCCAAUGGAGCAUACUAUCAACUUUUACAGCUUCAAGAGGUAAACGCGAGAAGGAAUGGAACUUAUGAACUUGACCCCAAUAGGCUAUCUGAUGUUGCAAACAGACUAUCUGAUGUUGCAAACAGACUAUCUGAUGCUGCGAACAGACUAUCUGAUGCUGGAAAUUUUGUAAGUCGACAUAGCAUUAGAAAGCUAUCCUUUGAGAGAUCUAUGAGCAGACAUUCGUCACUGGGUGGAAGCAGAAGGAAUUCACAGACAUAUGCAUUGACUGAAGAUGAAAUCGAAGGGUGUGAUGACACGAAGUCUGGCAAGAAUGUACUUAGGCGCUUACUACACCUUCAUAAGCCUGAAACUGCAAUCCUUCUGUUAGGAUGCAUUGCCGCCUCCGCCAAUGGAGCUAUACUUCCAGUGUUUGGCCUGUUGCUUUCAAGUGCCAUCAACGCAUUCUAUGAACCACCACACAAACUGCGAAAAGAUUCAGUGUUCUGGGCAGAAAUAUACGUGAUCUUGGGUGUUGUAUCCAUCUUUAUCAUACCAGUGCAACACACUUUGUUCAACAUGGCAGGUGGGAAGCUUAUCGAGCGUAUACGUGCCUUAUCAUUUAGUCGGGUUGUUUACCAGGAUAUUGGAUGGUUUGAUGACCCUCUGAACAGCAGUGGCGCAAUAGGUGCUAGGCUAUCCGCAGAUGCCGCAUCCGUCAAAAGCAUUGCUGGAGAUGUUUUAUCAUUGAUCGUUCAAAGUAUAAGCACUGCUCUUGUCGGCAUUGUAAUAGCUAUGAUUGCAAACUGGAAGCUAGCAUUCAUAGUCUUGUGCUUCGUUCCCUGUGUAUUUGCGCAGAGUUAUGCUCAAUCAAGGUUAAUGAGGGGAUUUGGUGCUGAUGCAAAGGAAAUGUAUGAACAAGCGAGCACAAUUGCUAGUGAUGCCAUCAGUAACAUUAGAACUGUCACUUCAUUCUGUGUAGGAGAGAAGAUAAUUGAAAGCUACCGAAAUAAAUGCAAAGGUCCUGUGAAGAAAGGAGUCCGUCAGGGAGCUAUAAGUGGUGUGGGUUAUGGAUUCUCAUUUGCCUUGCUCUUCUGCUUUUAUGCUGUAUCGUUUUAUGUCGGAGCACGCUUUGUACACAAUGGAACAGCUGACGUUGGGGAAGUUUUUAAGGUCUUCUUUGCUUUAACAAUGAUGGCUGUUGGAGUUUCACAAUCGAGUUCUCUUGCUCGGGAUUUUAGCAAAGUGCAAGAUGCGGCAGCCUCCAUUUUUAAGAUUAUAGAUAGGAAAUCCAAGAUAGAUGCAAGCUCAGAUGAUGGAAUGGCUCCAGAGAAAAUUGAGGGGAAUAUAGAGUUUCAGCAUGUGAGCUUCAAGUAUCCAGCUCGAACUGACGUGCAGAUCUUCACAAAUUUGUGCUUGAGGAUCCCAUCUGGCAAGACUGUUGCGCUUGUUGGUGAAAGCGGAAGCGGUAAAUCAACAGUGGUAGCCUUGCUAGAGAGGUUCUAUGACCCUGACUCUGGCGCCAUCUUUCUAGACGGCAUGGACCUUAAGACCCUCAAGCUCACCUGGCUCAGGCAGCAGAUAGGGCUAGUGGGCCAAGAACCGGUUCUCUUCAACGGCACCAUCAGAGCAAACAUCGCCUACGGCAAGCAGGAUCAGGUGUCCGAGGAGGAGAUCGUCGCUGUCGCCGAGGCCGCCAACGCCCACCGCUUCAUCUCCUCGCUCCCGCACGGGUACGACACCAGCGUCGGCGAGCGUGGCGUGCAGCUCUCCGGCGGGCAGAAGCAGCGGAUCGCCAUCGCGCGGGCGAUCCUCAAGGACCCCAAGGUGUUGCUCCUGGACGAGGCGACGAGCGCGCUGGACUCUGAGUCGGAGCGCAUCGUGCAGGAGGCUCUGGACAGGGUGAUGGUCGGGCGGACAACGGUGAUCGUGGCGCACCGGCUGUCGACCAUCACCGGCGCCGACAAGAUCGCCGUCAUCAAGAACGGCGUCGUUGCCGAGGAAGGCCGGCACGGGCGGCUGCUGCGCUUGCCCGGUGGAGCUUAUGCGUCCCUUGUUGCCUUGCAGUCUAGCAGUUCGUGAUUCGUGAACUGAUAUGCAUACUGCUAGCUAUUGCUUCCUAGGACGAGUUUUCUUUCCGAAAUUUUAUUGACAUUCCACGCCGUAGUUUAAUCCAAAAACAAAAUGACCACGUUGUUCUUUUAGUUAUAAAGAGGGUCUUCAGCAUGUUUAAAAUGUUAUGGAAGUAUGCCAAUAUGGUGUUCUAUAAUCUAGACCCGUGUCAUGAUGUUACAGGCCCUUCUUUCAUGACAUGAUUUAAUUUUUUUUUA